AUGGCGAAGAUGCAUUCAGCUAGUCUAGGACAUCAGCAAGAUAGACGGAGCCAAAAUAAAUGUUUAGGGACCCAGGGCAUAUUUAUGAGUGGGCAACACGGGAACGCCAAGCAACUGGGCCGUUACAAGGGCCAGAUAGGUCAAUUUUCAAUGCUAAAGGUGGGGUGGACCGCAGCUGCAGUGAGAAGCAAGCCACAGAUGGCAAGCAAUAUGUCCAAUAAAACGGCUCGAAAAUGUGACUCACUUGAAACCAUACUCCGUCUCGGCUCUAGGUUUCCUGUGCGCGCCGAAAAGUCUUGCUUCGCACCUAUCCCUCGUCCACCCACGUCAGGGGGGCACACUUCUGGGAUUAAAGCCGCCAUGGCAUACAAGCUGCACAUUCCGGACUGCAUUCUCGAGCCUCAUCAUCCUUUCCACUUCCCUACACCCAACAAACCUUUACGGAUUCGCAUCCAAGGUCCACUGAUCUCCAUCCAAAGGGGUUUCGACUAUUACGGCGUGACCUUUAAUUAUUUCCUCCCUGCAAACGAUGCCAACCCGGAAAUGUUGCAUAUUAAUAUAAUAGAGCUGGAAGCGAAGUAUGGCCUAUAUGCCAACGGAUUAAAUUACGCCGACGAAACCCUUUUAUUUAAAGAGCGACUGCUUGUUCAAUCUCCAAUGAGCGGUACAAUUUAUAAAAUCGAGUAA